AUGGCUACCGCUAUCUCCAAACCUGCAGCAUCUCAGACUCCAAAAAUGAAACGCCCUCCGCCCUCAUUUACGCAGACCGGAAUGGUCAACGGAAUCAAGCAGUCGCCUUCCGCCUCGUCGUCACCGGCCCUUGCUUCGAAACGGCUACCCGGUGCUAACCAACCCUCCGCCGCAAAUGGCAUUGCUACACCUACGACCAAUGGCGCAUUGAACCGUCCUGUGAACCGGCCGCGAAAAGAUAUUCAGAAGCCUGCUGAUAUCUCGGCGUCGCGGCCUCAACGGGCUAUGACUAGGAAUUCUGUUGCGGAGGCAGAUCGUCGAGUUACCAAAAUACCUCCAGAGCCUUUUGUGAAAACGACGUCGUAUAUCCUCAAGAAAUACUCCAAGUCUCCGCCUUCCCUAAUUCUCCAUCUCCAUCCUACUCACUUUCGGUUUGAUCAGCAGGAUGGCAGUUUCCCAUACAACUCGGAAAUGAAGGUUAUCAUCGAGCAUAUUCGGUCCCAGACUGUACCUCAUGACAUGCUCGAGGAACUUCUCCGCGCUGGUGUCAAGUUUUACGAAGGUUGUCUUAUUGUCAAAGUUGUUGAUCACAAGUCGGUCUCAGCUCAGACAAAUAAGACGACUGUCACGUCUACCGAUGAGAAAAAUACUCCUUUCUCUAUUCACAACUAUAACCAGCACGUUACGCCGUCACCCUAUGUGCCGUAUCCGAAGCAGAAUCAGAUCAAGUCAGAGGCCAAUGACUUGUCCAAGCCGGACUCGCCUGAAAAGAAACCCGACGCGGAGUCAACUGAUUCUACGAAACCUGCGGAGGCGAGCACCGUUGGUAAGGCGAAUGAGUCUGAAAAGCAACCCGAACACAAACCCAAGGUUUUCACUACCGUGCUGCACCCAACGCCGCUUUCCCUUCUAGCAGAGCUCACCUACUUGUCCACCACACCGCAUCCUCAUGCCAACGUAAUCUCAGCUGCGAAUAAGAAGCUACCUCCAUCGGCUCAACCACAGACCAAGACUACUUCAGGACAGCCUCCAGCCAAACGGCAAAAGAUGCUUGUUGACCCUGAGGAUCUACCCAAAUUCGAAGCAACACUGAUUAGUGCCGUGGCACCUCCAGUAUAUCUAGAUCCAGUAGAUAGCUUUGAAUCGGCACAGGAGCUUCUCAAACUCAUGGAAAGUCCUCUACAUUGCGCCAGGCCACCGUCACCCAAAAGGAGGAAGCGAACAGUCGCAGAGUUGGCUGCGGAUGAAGCUCUUGCUGCUGAGGAAGAACGAUUCAUGCUUAUCAUGGAUGAACGAUUGGAGCCCGCUACAUCAGGAGCAGCUGCUGGAGCUAAGAUUGCUGUCGACGAUACGGCAGGUGCCGUGCCGUUUGAACCGCGCUUCUCUAGGUUCAAAACGAUUGAGAAUAUCCGUAUGCAGCAUGAAGAGAAAGCCAAACGAGAACAUGAGAAGAAGCUUCAACAGGAACAGGCCAAGCGUCAGCAACAACAAGAGGCGGAAAGAGAAAGACGUCGACUUUUGGAGAAACGACAGGCAGAAGAACAUGCGAAAGAGGAGCGUCGCCAGCAACUGGCUGCCCAACAAGCACAAGCUCAGUUGGCUGCCCAGCAACAACAGAGAUUGGCAAAUGGCCUGGGUCAAGUUUCACAAGGCCAGAUGUCUUCUCCAGUGGUACGCAAUCAAACUCCGCAUGCCACUUCUUCACCGGUUGUUGGCAGUGGUAUUGGUACUCAAGGCGGUGUCUCAAUGAGCAUGACAGCGUCUGCUCAAGGGGCUGGCAGUCCACCACGGCCCCCUUCAACGAUGCAACAUGCUCACCCAGGCGUGAUGGGCCAUCCGAUGGCGCCUUCCAGAAGUCAACAAAGUCAAAGUCGAAAUGGUACUCCUCAAAUGACUCAAGGCACUCCGGCCAUGUCACACGCUACUCCAGUCAUGCGCAACGUUACACCGACACAACGCAUGGCUCAUGCCAGUCCGCCAAAUACUAGUAUUACCCAGACUCCGGUCAUGGGCAAUACCAUGAUUAAUACUCCGCAGAUGGGAGGAAUUGGAAUUCAGUUUACGCAGCAGCAGCAACAGCAACAUAUGAUUCUUCAGCAGCAACGACAACAAGCCAUGAUCGCUGCUCAACAGCAAGGAAUCACGCCCCAACAGUUUGCUCAAUUACAAGCCCAGCAAAAUAUUCAAAACCAUCAGCAUCAGCAACAGCUGCUCAAUCAACAAGUCCAGCAGAACCAGAUACCUCAGCAACAUCAGCAGAUGCAGAUGCAGUCUCAUCAGGCCUACCAAGCUCAGUUAAUACGGAACCAGAUGGCACAGAUGCAAAUGGCCCAGCACAAACAGAACCAGCAACAGCAAGGUGCCAUGCAAAUGACUCCUCAGCAACAGCAACAGCAACAGCAGCAUCAGCAACAACAACAGCAACAACAACAACAACAACAAAUGCUCAUCGCUGCUGCCCAGGCGAACGCGAAUCAGGGUCAAGUACCCCAAAACCCUCAGCAAGCUCGGUAUCAACAAAUGUUCAAACAACGACUACAACUUAUGCGUGCAGACAUGCAGAAGCGAUUACAGUCACAAUAUGGCACGCCUCAACAAUAUCCGCCGCCGGUUGCUCAGCAGUAUUACGCUGGUUUGGAAAACAAUGCACGAGCUUGGGUUCAGGAUCUCAUGAGGCGAGAAAACAUGCAGCAACAACAGCGACAGGCUGCUCUUCUUCAACAGCAACACCAGCAGCAGAUGAUGGCUAAUGGGAUGGGCAAAUGA